GCAGCGCUGGGAGAGCCCGGCGGCGAUGCCCCCCCGGCGCUGAGUCGCGCUGCUGCCGGGAUGUUCGCCUGGCACCGGAGCUUUCCCCUGGGAGCGCCCUGGAAGAGAGGUAAGAAGAGUCCACCUGCUGAGGACAAAGUAGUGCUAACACAUAUGAAGAUAUUGAGCAAUGAAGGAAUUCAGAACCCAGGGCUAGUACCAGAGGCUCCUGCUGAUGCAGCCUGCACUGAGGAACCCCAUCUCCCCAGCACGAAUUUCCCACAGGACUGCCAGGGAUGUCCAAAUGCCACAGCCAUAACAGCAGACACAGACUAUGCAGAAGCCCCAGCAGGCACAGAUUAUGUAGCCACGCUGCCUGACCUCAGCAGCUUUGAGUCCAAGUGCCGCCUUCACAGAUUCUCCAAAUUUGAAUCUGAGGACUCAGGAGUUGAACUGCCAAGCGGAGCUAACUCUCCAUCAACGCCAACGGGCUCAGAGAAGAGCUUUGUUCUUCACAGCAGAGACUCAUUUUGUGACUCAGGUGUGCUUAGCACCUCAUCUUCUCCAGAAAUUGACCACCUGAUAAUGAGAGCAUGUAAAGAACAUUCCAGGAAGGUUGGCCAGCAAGGUGUGGAGAGUGAAAAGAAAGAUGAGCUCUAUAGCCAGGAGUCAGAUGUUGUGGAGGUUCCCACACCUUCCCUUGAAGACUUCAGUGUUCCUCAGGAAGGAGAAAAUCCUGAUGAGCAUUUUGACCAGAGUGAAAGGCAAUCUCUGGAAAAAGAACCAUCCCCAGAGACGAACUCCCCCACAGAGAGCACUCUUCCCACCCCAAUUCCCAUAGAGAAGCCAAAAACAAUUGCUGACAAUUACACAGAGACCUUUGGCAGUACACAAGACCUUCAGCUCCACGGACAUCAGCUGAAGAAGUACCCCACAAGUGACAGUCUGGACGAAUACAUGAAUGAAUGCUGUAGACUGAGUGAGGUGAACCAAGGGAACAGCAAAGCCCUGGGAUCUGGCCUGGGAUACCUGGAACACAUUUGCCAACUGAUUGAGAAGAUUGGGCAGCUGCAGGAGCACAACCUGCGGCUCCAAAAGCAAGUCUGCAGCUUACAGAAAGAGCAGAAGAUGAGCCAGAUAAAAGAGGAGUACCUCAUGCAGCAUUGCUCCUGUGGAGCUGCCAGCGUGUUCCUCAACUCGUACCAAGACAUGAAGACAUUUUUGGCAGGGAGAAGCAGACCUCAUAGCCUCUUGGUUCAGACUGGGAACCCUUCUGAUCUUUCAAUCAUCCCAGAAAUAGGAGCAAACACCGACAAGCUCAGCGACUACUGUGGAAGUGAGAGAUACCCAGAAUCAGGAAACAGCCAUCCAACAGCAGGGCUCAGGAAGUUGUCGAACAAUAGGAACAAGGAAAAUGAGUUCAGAGAAGGUGGUGGCAUGGCCGAAAGACAGGCUUUUCCACCAAAGGAUUCUGCAGCCAGAAAGGGUCUGGAGACCAGCAAGAACUGUUCGGGUGAGAGCCAUGCGUGGGGGAGAAUGAGAGAUCUUAUGAGGAAGACAAGGCUGAGAAACCAAAGCAAGCUGGGGCUGUCCUCUGCUGCUCUGAAGAGGUCCUGCCCACAGUUGUACAGGCCCGAUAUUAUGUCUUCAGAGCUGAGGAAAGCUGAGAGAACUGAGAGGAACUCCAUGAUUGUUUUGGGGCAAAAUACAAAGAAUGAAAACAUAUGGCCUUUCUGAUAACUCAAGUUAAAGGGGACAAGGUAAAGAAGGAGAAAUGGGAACAGUGGCAGACACAAAAUGGAAGAGCCCAGGGGUGCUUUGUGCAGCUCUGUGUACCCAGCAUCCUCCAACUGUUGGCAAAGCAACUCUGAUUUGUAUGUUGGAAGGAAAAGAAGGAAAGGGGAGGAGGAUAAUGGUCUGUGGACAGAUGCAUACUCAGUUACCUAUGGCUUUGCUCCUGAACCUGCCACAUACUCACAAGCCAAAGAAGAAGAAACUUGCAGCCAACACCUUGGUACCAUAACCAGGAGAGGCUUUUAAAUGAGACUUGAUAAUUAAUUCUUCCUCCUACCUGUGCUAGGAACAGUACUACCUGAAUCACCAAAGCUUUUAAAUUAUCACUGCUUCCUGGGGACCUCUUACAGCUGAAAUGAACUUCAGCCUCACAGUGGCCAGAGGAGCACUAUAUGCAGAGAUGGCCAUGGCCUGCACUCCUCCCUCAGGCCAGGGGCUGCAGGCUGCUUGCCCUCAGCACACUCCUCCCUUCCCAGCAGCACCUUACCAGCUAUGCAGUUUUAAUCAAAUACAACAGGAACAAAAGUCCAUAAAGCCAAACUCUCCCCCAAGGCCAUUCAGAAACCCACCACCACCUGCACCUUUUGCAAACACUCCUUGAUUUCAGUGCCAUCCUAACACAGAAGUCAACAUGAUGAAUGGCACUGCAAGAAUUGACCAUUAGAGAGUCGGGAGGGUACAUCCAUGGCAGCAUCUCAGCCAUCCAGCAGCCUAGCUCUCUGUCAGGCUGUGCUGUCCACCUUCUGGAAGAGCAGGGCUGCAAGGAUGAGUUACUCACACACAUCCUCUAUAUUCUGUAUCUAGGACUGUUCUUUUAGAUCUCUUAGGUUUUGAGGUUUUUUUUUUUUUUAAUGCUGGUGCCUUAUUGCCACAUCUCCAAAGAGCUCAGAGAAUUGACAGCAUCUGCUUCUGAAGGUGCUGCAGCUGCCGCAGUGGUCUACCCUUAGGAACUGAGAUUUCAGAAGAUGACAGUAACAUGCCAACUUCAGCAGGUUUAGCCUUUCAGCAGCAGGUGCUUCCCUUUUGCUCAUGCACAGCAGUUGGAGCCCUCCAAGGCAGAGCAGGAUCUCUUCUUCUGAGAUUCUCUGAGCCCAGUUCUAGCAGCAACACAAAGCAAAGAGUUGUUGCUCACUAGAACAACAGAUCAUGUUUACUCAGUGCAAGUAUAAUUUGCAGGUGAAGGUCAGUGUAGCUGCUGUUAUUUAGCAUCUAAAAAAAAAAAAGUUUGUGCUGACUCAGAGUUAGUACCCUGAAGUAGAUGCUGUGUUUAAUAUUUCAGUUGUCAUUAAUUACAGCUGCUGUUGUAACACUUGGUUAUUCACUGUAUAUUUUGCUAGCUUCAUCCAAAGCUAGAGAUAUUUAUGACUUGAUUAUUCUGUGAAUAGUCUGUAUAUCUCCAUAAAUCCCAGGGGCUAAAAAUCCUGCCUCAGCUUACACCCUCCACCCAUACAGACACUAUGAGGAAUACGAAUCAGUGUAGAACUGGACUUGAAGUGUUUCAGGAAAGUCAUGAACUGGUGUUUUCCCAUCCCCUACUCUCCUCACAUUAUAGGUGUUAUGGUUUUUAAAAUUAAGAUGAACUAGCACUCUUUUUAUUACUGCAUUAUAUGAAAUAUAUUCAUGUAUUUUCAAAACUAUAUUUAUAACCUGUAACAUACUGUAUAGUUUGCCACUUUUAGAUAUGCUUGUACUACAACUUAAUAAGUUUAAUAAUAAAAUCAUCACUUAUGAAAUAA